UUGGUUGGGGGUAUUACAAGGGAUGGCAUGGGUUAUACCGUUUUGUACAACGUUUGGUUUGCUUGAGUUACUAUCCUUGACUGUUGGGCCCACCCAUUUAAUACCCCAUUCGAAUUAUUGCUAGUCAAGCCAAAAUUGGCUUGACUGGUUAUCACAUAUUGAAUCCCAUUUUGUAACCCAUGUGUAAUGUCGAAAAUAUCCUUCGAAAAUACAUCAAUUACGAAAUUAAUAGGUAUAAAUACUAUAAUCUUCAUCUUCCCCUUUCUUGCAUCGUGCCCUAGUUUUUUUCCAGGUAAAAACUCAUAUGAACAAAAUUAAAAAAAAUAAUCCCACCUUCUUCCUCCUUCCCAAUCUCACACCUCGUCACCACCUUCCUUGUUCAAACCCAAUUUCUCUACUACUCUCAAUUUCAACCACCGCAGUCCCGCCCACCACCACCGCCCUCCUCCUCUCACAUCUGCAAUCAAUCACUUCCCGUAACAGGAAUUAAGAAAAAAAAAACCCCAAUUUCAACAAUCGGAAUCGGAAUACAUAUAUGGGGAUUGAUUACUACAACAUCCUGAAAGUGAACCGCAACGCCAGCGACGAAGACUUGAAGAAAGCCUACCGCCGCCUCGCCAUGAUUUGGCAUCCCGACAAAAACACCAACAAGCAGGAGGCCGAGGCCAAAUUCAGGCAGAUUUCCGAAGCCUACGAUGUACUCAUCGACCUUCAGAAGCGCCAGAUCUACGAUUUCUACGGCGAAGAGAGCCUCAAAUCGGGCCAAUUCCCCCUCCCCCCGCAGCUCUCGCGUCCAGAACCAGAGUUUCUACUACAACAACCAUCAGCAGCAUCUGAGUCAGAAUGGCUAUGCUGUGGAAGUAUUAGAACGCUUUUGCACAAUGAACAACGACAACAACUUAAGCAUGGAUAGAUACAGCCUAGCUAGUGCAAUUACUGCAUGUGCUGGAAUUGCAUCGCUCGAACUCGGCGAACAGAUUUUUGCUCGAGCUACUAUCAUUGGUGUAGAUUCCGACCAGGUCAUAGCAACUUCCCUUAUAGACUUCUACUGUAAGUGC